CCAAAGAUACGGUUUCGAGCCGGACGUAUGGGAGUUUGUGUAUGGCCAAUAGGCCAGCGGAUGAAGGGAGACGAGAAGGUGGAGAUGUGGUGGAACAACUGGCGAGAUAUCAAUUGACGAAUGGAAAGAUGUUGACCAAACUUCCAACCCCUCUACCAGUCGUUCAGUAACCUCUUGGAAUCUCGUCCGAAUUCCGACACCGUCCCUGGCAUGGAGAGUACUAAGGGCGGUUCGACCCCUCAUCGACCCCUCCCACGAGGGAUUAUCCGAUGUGUCCAAUAUGAUCGACGAGAUAUCAUAUAUCUCAGAUGAAGCCUUGAUAGUCGACAUAUCUCCCUAUAACUACCAUUUACCAACGCAUUGAACAUCGGUGAGCGAAGGAAACCUGCGAAAUAUUGUUGGCGAUCGACAAUGACCGAGUUGUUGUUUCGUCCAGCGCGAGUUGAAAGAAAGAGCAGUGAGGUCGUGUGACUGUGACCUCGGGACUGAUGGAUAGGCCAAUAAUGAACGAUAACAGGUGCAGUUGAGAGACGAAAUCGAGAUGGAGGCGGAUGCGCUUCUUAUUAUAGGCGACUUUUCAGAAUGAACGAAUGGAGGGAGCCCUUGCUUCCUCACUCCCUUACUUCACGCCAAAGCGGACCCUUUCCCUUUCGCUUUCGCUUUCCCUUUCUUUGAGGUUGAGGCUGCGGGUGUCCAUCAUUCUCAUUCGCUGCCAUUCUUCAUCUGACGGCGACCCAAGUCACCCAACUGAUUCAGCACUUCAACCAUGAUGCGAGUCGGUGGAAGCGGUUUGGGACUCAGCAGAGCGGUAGCGGACGGUCGAAUCAGAGUCUGCGAUGCCGACUCACAGCAUCGAGAGGUGAUGCAGUGCCCGCACCACCUGCGCAGCACAUGUUCACGAUACCGAGUUCUCUGGAUGCCGAAUCUGAUGCUGCUCGCUGCCCUCUUUGUUUCCGAGAGAACUGAAAUAUCGUGAAGUUGUUACCCACCUACCUAGCUAUCUGGUAUUCAAGUACUCGAAUAGUUGAGUACCUAGGCAGGUAGUUCGGUGCCUGUCCUGUUUGCCCCACCACUAGGUACCUACCCUCCUACCCACUCUCAGCAGUCUAGGAGGCAGGCGCAGGGGGACCCUUAUCGAUUAACUCGACGAUCCACCCACUACAUCAUCCUCAGAUUUCCUGACAACCUAGCACUUUCACUUUGCAGACUCGACAGAACUGAGAAUUUUGCAGGUGUGGUUUCCAAUUUCUUGAAGUACAUCAGCCACUUCAUCCAGCCACUGCCACUGCAAUUAUAUACCUCGACAAUCCAACCUCGGAUCUAAUUUGGAUUGUUCUUCACCAAUUCCUCCACCGCCAGUCUCGGUCCAUCAACCAACCAACCCGUCCUCGUCCAUAACUUUCCAAUUCUGACAUUGAGACCACGCGUCAUUGAAACCACCACGUACAGUCAAACAAUCAGUUCGCCAUCUCGAAUCAAAUAGCAAACCAAGCAUGAGCUCGCCAUUACGGGCACGCCAGUCGCACGAUAUCGAUCCUUACACCACCCCUGAAAUCUACUAUGGCAACGAGUCCGUUUACAAAACCAACAAGCACUUCCGCACCCGCACAUACUCUUCUGUAGGCUACUUGAACUUCUGCCAAUUGCUGCCAUUGACUGACUCCUCCCACAGAGCCAAAAUCCGGUAGUCGAUAGCGUCUUCGGACCCCGACAACCCCAACGUCGGGGAUCUCAUGGUGAGCAGAACUUCCUAACGGACAGACGAGCAAACAGGACAAGGUAGGACGCUAACGAUUGAGUUUAGAUGAGGCUUCCUUGUUCCCUCGGAGAUUCCUAAUUCAGGUAGAAUCAACCCUCGCCCAUCUCGCAAAGCAGGAAGACACGGACAACAACUGGCAGAUUACAAUUGAAGAUACAGGUCCAAAGGUGUGUGGAAAUUGGCAAAUCUUGGCAAUCUGCUCAUUGAUUUCAAUAGGUCCUCUCUUUGGGAACGGCAGCGUCAAAUGGGUUCAAGAGAUUCGAUAUUCGGGGCACGUAUAUGCUCUCGAACCUGCUUCAAGAACUGCACUUGGCCAAAGAACUUGGUCGCCACCAGAUCAUUUUGGACGAGUCCCGGUUGAAUGAGAACCCCACCAAUCGAUUGGCGCGUCUCAUCAAAGACUCUUUCUGGGAUCGUUUAACAAGAGUAAUUGACGGUUCCGUGAUCGAGAUUGCGGGACGAGACCCAAAGGAUUGGACCCCAGACCCAAGACCACGUAUCUACGUUCCUCACGGAGCCCCAGAACAGUACGAGUAUUACACAAAGGUUGCCAAGGAGAGACCCGAAAUUCGUCUCGAUGUCUGCUGGCUGCCUAAGAAAAUCACACCCGAGGCUGUCAGGGACAUGAAUGUGAAGCCGGGUCUUCUCGCCGUAGCCAUGGAAGAAAUCACGGACCCUGUCACUAGUGCAAAAUCUCUUAAAGGAAAACCUUUUGUGGUUCCUGGAGGACGUUUCAACGAGUUAUAUGGUUGGGAUAGUUAUAUGGAGUCUCUUGGUUUGAUUGCCAACGGAAAAGUCCAUCUAGCAAAGUCAAUGGUGGAGCAUUUUUGUUUUUGCAUCAAACAUUAUGGCAAGAUACUCAACGCUACUCGAUCAUACUACCUUUGUAGAUCCCAGCCGCCAUUCUUAACAGACAUGGCAAUGCGAGUUUACGAAGAGAUUCAGGCAACUGAUUUGGGGGCAAAGGAGUUUUUGCGGACUGCUAUCCUAGCUGCUAUUAAAGAAUACAACAGUGUUUGGAUGGCGGAGCCACGAUAUGACCCCGAGACAGGCCUUUCUCGAUAUCGCCCCGAAGGUCUGGGUGUUCCCCCAGAGACUGAGGCGACCCAUUUCACUCACAUCCUGGAGCCUUAUGCCAAGAAGCAUGGAUUGACGUUCGAGGAGUUCGUUGAUGCGUACAAUCAUGGCAGAGUCGUUGAACCAGAUCUCGAUGAGUACUUUCUCCAUGAUCGUGCCGUACGAGAAUCCGGCCAUGACACUUCGUAUCGCUUGGAGAGGGUAUGCGCAAAUCUCGCAACUAUUGACUUGAAUUCUCUGCUCUACAAGUACGAAAAAGAUAUUGCAAAGGCUAUCAAGAGAUUUUUCGGUGAUAAGCUUCGUAUUCCAGAGGAGUUCUGUGUUGGUGAUAUGGUUCCAGAUCAUAUCGAAACUUCAUCCAUGUGGGAUCGCAAAGCUAAGCGCCGUAAGGCUGCCAUGGACAAGUAUCAGUGGAACGCGGAGAAGGGCAUGUUUUUCGAUUAUGAUACUGUCAAGAAAGAGCAAUGUACCUACGAAACUUGUACUACAUUUUGGGCUAUGUGGUCGGGCGUUGCAACUCCUUUGCAGGCAUCGCUUCUCGUGUCGAACGCCCUCCCCAAAUUUGAGGUUCUAGGUGGUUUGGUGUCUGGAACAGAGGAAUCAAGAGGAGAAAUCGGAUUGGAACGACCAAACAGACAGUGGGAUUAUCCUUAUGGAUGGGCUCCGCAACAAAUGUUGGCAUGGACCGCAUUGGACAGAUAUGGCUACCAUGAGGAUGUAGCACGUUUAGCGUACAAAUGGCUUUUCAUGAUGACAAAAGCCUUUGUAGAUUUCAACGGUGUUGUGGUCGAGAAAUAUGACGUUACGCAUCUUACCGCACCACAUCGAGUUGAUGCUGAGUAUGGAAAUCAAGGGCUUGACUUCAAAGGAGUUGCCAAAGAAGGGUAAGUUCUCUCUUCCGAAAUAACCAUUCUUUUCUGACGUUUUCAGAUUUGGCUGGGUCAAUGCCAGCUAUGUGUUUGGUCUCGAAUUUACGAACGCACAUAUGCAAAGAGCUCUUGGUACCUUGACACCUUGGAGCGAUUAUGCUCGUGCCACAGAAGGCAUUCCUGAGCUCCUCGCUCCUCAUCCAUGAAUAAAAUAUUAAUGCCCUCAUGAUACUCGAACGAACUAGAUCAGUCAACAGUACAGUACUAUAAUGCGCAUUCGCUAACGACAUUACGCGAUACCCAGAGUUUCGAAUACUCUAUGAAAAUGUGUUUUCCGCCUUGUUGUUUCGCUUCGGAGUUUGCUUUGUAUGGGCUUACAAAGAAGAUUUUCAGAAGAAGUGAGAAUUUAAAUGAUGAUGGUCCCUGGUAUUAGACUGGUUUCUUCAGCUAAGGAAGGACCUUUUGCAAUAUGACCGUGUGUAUAAGGGCAACUUAUUUGAGCGGACUUUCUAGCUUAGUUGACUGUCUCUUCGUUGUUUGAUUAAUGAUUGGGCUCUUGGGAUAGAUAUAACUUAGCUGGAAUUUCGCAAAUUAACUAGUUGCUCAUUAUCUAAAGCCUU